AUGACCUCCCACCACGCCGCACACCCGUCUGACAACCCCGGACAUGCCACACACCCCGCGCUGCAUUUGCGCGACGCAAGGGACGCGCACGUCGUCUUCGAGGCUGUCCGGCUCGGCAUCCUGCCAUUGAUCACUCGGCGGCUCACCGCAACCGAGCGUGAGCAACUGGCGUCUGGAAACGUCUAUGUGUGGGAAGAGGCGGAGCACAAGCAAGUAGGUGGGCUGGAACGUUGGACUGACGGAAGGCGGUGGUCGCAGAGCCGCAUGCGCGGCGACUACCUGUUCUACGAGGAGAAGAUUGAGACGACGCCCGAAGAAAAGGAGGCUAAGGCCGCGCGGCGAGCUCGCAGAACGCUCGACCCAUUCGCGGCGCCUCCCGCCCCCAUCCGGCGCCAGGACCGGCCGUCGAAGCCUGACGGACUGACAAAACAGACAUACUCGACACACGUCCACACCCACCCCGGCGAGCUUCCGCGCAAGUGGCACAUCGUCGCCUACUUCUCGGGCGACGACUACACCCGCCUGCCUGUCGUCGAAAACUACGAGUACCUCCGUAAUAUCCGGGCGCCCGAGGGGAUCUUCACGUCCGCAAAGGGCAAUAUCGCUCGAUUCGGGCGCGUCCUAGAAGAUUCCGACGGACUCGAGACUCCGACCGCGGCGGGAGGGGAGUACCCAGACUGGGCUCCUGCUCCAUGGGCCCUCUCUUCGUCUUCGCUGGCGCGUGGGCACCCCACCGAACGACCCAUGUCUUCUUCGUCAUCGUCGUCGUCUUCCGCCACCGCGAUUCGCCACUCUUACCAGUAUCCUGUCCCCUCAUCACACCACAGAGCCCAGAGCCCGUCGCUGAACACGCUUCCGAGGCUGUCGACGGUGGUACCCGUCGGGCCGCUCACUCCUCCGGCGUCUCCAAUGUACCCCACCAGCCCCGGCGGAGUACCAGGUAACUACAAGCCGAGGACGGGCGAGGACCGUCGUGCCAUUGGGAGCUUCCGACUGGCGCUAUGA